GUUUCCUUUCCCCUUUGAAGAAAGCUCAUUCAGGUACAAAAAAUGUCUAUGAAGAUAUGAAUUGUGAUUGAGGUUCUUGAAGAGAUUGUUAUUGCAUUAUGGAGAAAAGAAAUUCUUCCUUUGGAAGGCCACUGUUUGUUGAUGAAGAAACUGACAAACUUAUCCAUCCAUAUAACAGUUUAUACAAGAAAAAACAGGAAGAAUGGGAAGCAAAAGGAAUUUACUACAGGUAUGGGAAAUGGACUAAUGAAGAGAAGGAAAAACUGCUAGAAAAUUGGAAUUGGUAUCUGGAAAAAUAUGAUUCUGCUUUUGAAGACCCGUUAGAUUUACUAGACAGGAGGGGAAGAUCAGAUUUAAUUGCUCUGAUGAAAGAUACACAAUUUUUUAAGGUCAUUUCAAGGUCAUUAAAUAGGCCAACAGACGCCUGUUACUAUAAACUUCGACGAGAUGUACGUACAAUAACUUUGAAAAAUGGAAAAUUUUUGGAAGAAGAAAUGAAGCAAUUAAAAAAACUGUCAAGAAAACACAGGAAAAAUUUUCAGUAUAUUGCUGACAAAAUGGGACGUGAUCGACAGUCAGUACAGGACAAAUUACGUCGUCAUGAAAAAGCAGUAAAGAGCAAGAAUUGGACAGGGGAAGAAGAGGAAGAGUUAAUUGAAGCCAUACGAGAAGUUUCUGGUUUACAAGACUUGAAUGAAAUAAAACAACUGGAAAUUCCAUGGAGGUCAGUAGCAGAGCUAGUACCCACUAGACAUGAAGAACAGUGCAGGGCACAUUUUUCUACCUUGAAACGUUGGAAGCUUCAAAAUAUUGAUGGGAAUGCUAGUCACAUGCCAAAAUGGCGGCGACAACAUUCUUAUUUGUUGAUAGAUAUUUUAUCCAAUGGAGACUAUUCUAUAGAAACAGAUAUUGAUUGGAAUGAAAUUAAUCAAUCAUUUGUUGAUGUCAGUCCAUCAGCAACUUAUAUACAAAAACAGUUCUAUAAGUUGAAAAGUGGAAUACCUGACUUCCAUAGAAAAUCUUUUUCUGAUUUGUUGGAGGAAAUUAGACAUCUUCAUUCCAGUCAUAAACACAUACCAAAUUAAUAAUUAUUAGUUCUGGACAUUAACCAUGUUAACACAUGAGUAGUUAUUAGUUAUUAGUUCUGGACAUUAACACAUGAGUAAUUAAUAGAUAUUAGUUCUGGACAUUAACACAUGAUUAAUUAAUGGUUAUUAGUUCUGGAUAUUAACGUGUAUAUGAGUAAUUAAUAGUUAUUAGUUCUGAAAACAUGAGUAAUUAAUAGUUAUUACUUCUGGACAUUAACACAUGAGUAAUUAAUAGAUAUUAGUUCUGGACAUUAACACAUGAGUAAUUAAUAGUUAUAAGUUCUGGAUAUUAACAUGUGUAUAUGAGUAAUUAAUAGUUAUUAGUUCUGAAAACAUGAGUAAUUAAUAGUUAUUAGUUCUGGACAUUAACCAUGACGAUGAUGUUAACACAUGAGUAAUUAAUAGUUAUUAGUUCUGGAAUUAAACAUGUGUAUAUGAGUAAUUAAUAGUUAUUAGUUCUGGACACAUGAGUAAUUAAUCAUUUUUAUCAGAGAAAAUAUGUUCUGCAAAACAUGAAAUACAUUAAAUAUGAAAUGAUA